UACCCCCGUGCGGUGCGGCCCGGCCCGGCCGCUCUCCUCCAGCCGCCUCCACCUGCUCCCAGCCGCGCGUUUGACACCUUCUGGGCGUCAGAACGCAGUUGAGUGGAUUGUCAAGUUAGCUUGGAAAAAACCCCAACCAAACAACCCAGCAGAAGAUGUUUCACGUUGUCCAGCAUCAGCCUGUAAGACUGCUAACCCAAACCAAUCUUUCCAGCACGUGGUUAAAGCUGAUGCUUUCAAGACCCACUGCACUGGUAUGGAUCUGGAAGUCCUGGUUCUCAAGCCAUUCUCUUGUUGGAAACAAAAACAUUAUCCUGAUGGGACCUCCGGGUGCUGGGAAAACAACGGUGGGGAGGAUAGUAGCUCAGAAACUGGAUCGCCCUGCUAUAGACAUAGAUGAUGAUGUCCUUGAAGCAGCCUGGAACAUGAGUGUCUCGGAAAAACUGCAGGAUGUUGGUAGUGAGCAGUUUCUAGAGGAGGAAGGAAAAGCCCUGUUGAAGUUUUCAGCAUCUGGAAGUGUCAUUUCCCUUACUGGGUCCAAUCCAAUGCACGCUGCCAGCAUGCAGCACGUGAAGAGGAGCGGGAUAGUCGUGUACCUGGACGUGCCCGCGGCGGUCAUCAUGAGCAGGCUGCAGUCAAUGAAGGUGGAUCGCAUCGUGGGCCAGGCUCCUGGUGUUUCUCUCAAGGACAUACUGCAGUUUAGGAAGCAGUUCUACCAGAGGUGGCACGACAUCCGUGUGCUCUGUGCAGGGGAUGUUUCAGCAGAGGUUGUAGCAGAGAAGGUACUUGAUGCUGUGAAGAGACACCAAAACUCAGAGCUGGAAACUUUCGUGUCCACUAGGUCCAGCACGGACAGAGACUCUCAUAAGUACUUCAGUGAUGUCAUAACUGAGGGCUUAGCCCCUGAUGGAGGACUCUUUGUUCCUCAGAGAGGCCUUCCAAAAUUCACUGCUGGAGAAUGGCAGAGCCUAAUAGAAGCAACUUACAUUGAAAGAGCCCAGGCAGUGCUGGAAAGAUGCAUACACCCUGCUGACAUUCCUGCCUCUAAGCUGGCAGAAAUUAUCGGAACAGCUUAUGGGGAAAACUUCACUUGUUCUAAAAUUGCACCAGUCAGGCACCUGGCAGGCAAUCAGUUUCUGCUUGAGCUAUUUCAUGGACCAACAGCAUCCUUUAAAGACUUUGCAUUGCAGUUGGUGCCACAUGUGUUUGCAUAUUGCAUUCCCAGAAGCUGCAACUACCUGGUUCUGGUAGCUACUUCUGGUGACACAGGGAGUGCUGUCCUGGAUGGCUUUAGUCGUCUCCAGGACACAGACAAACAGAGAAUUGCUGUGAUGAAUUUUUUUCCUGAGGAUGGAGUGAGCCCAAUUCAGAAAUGGCAGAUGAUUGGCUGUCAGAAGGAAAAUGCCUGGUCAGUAGGGGUCAGAUCUGACUUUGACUUUUGCCAGACAGCUAUAAAGCAGCUCUUCACUAACCCUGAUUAUACUGGCUUUCUUGCAGUGGAGUAUGGAACAGCUCUCGCUGCAGCAAACUCCAUCAACUGGGCACGACUGCUUCCUCAGGUAGUUUACCAUGCUUCUGCAUACCUGGAUCUUGUUCAGCAGGGCAUCAUUCCCUUCGGGAGCCCUGUGGAUGUCUGCAUUCCCACGGGAAACUUUGGCAACAUCCUAGCUGCUUUGUAUGCUAAAAGGAUGGGAGUUCCUAUCAGGAGAUGUGUUUGUGCUUCCAAUGAAAACAAUGUUUUGACUGACUUCAUCAGAACAGGUGUGUAUGAUUUGAGGGCAAGAAAACUGAUUCCCACCUUUUCUCCAGCAGUAGAUAUUUUGAAGUCCUCCAAUCUGGAGCGAUACCUGUACAUGAUUGCUCACGAGGACGGGCAGCUGGUGGCACACCUCUAUAACCAGCUGGAAAACCAGGGCCACUUCCAGCUAGGGAAAGAGCUGCUUGGAAGGCUUCAGCAGGACUUGGUGGCUGGCUGGUGCUCAGAGGAGGACUGUUUGGCUGCCAUUCACUCUGUCUACAGCACCACAGGAUACAUUUUGGACACACACACGGCGGUGGCGAAAGUAGUUGCAGAUCGGUUACAGGACAGAAGCUGCCCAAUUAUUAUUUCCUCUACAGCUCAUUACUCCAAGUUUGCCCCUGCUAUCUUGAGGGCCUUGAGGAUUGCAGAAAUCAACCAGAGUCCAGUCAGUCAGCUUCACUUGCUGAGUUCUUAUGGCCCUCUACCUCCAGUCCACUGGGGCCUGUUGGAGACCCUGAAAAAGAGGGGGCAUGAGGAUCACCAGGUCUGUGCUGCUGAUAUGAGUGUGCUGAUGUCCCAUAUAGAAACCUUAAUUCAAAGUCAUUUCAUGAGAGUUUUCUGAUCAGCCCUGCACUCUGUCCCUGGCCAUGCCUUCUUAACAAGCUGCAUGUUUGAACUGAGGCACGAUUCACCCGACCUGUGUCCGGCCCACAGCACAACAGCCACAGUUUUAUAUCCAGCUGUGGAGUUCUCAGCAGUGUUGGUAACACCUGUGAGAUUUCUGGUUGUGAUGGAAGGUCAUGAACUGGAAGUGCAAAGACUGGAAUGCUCUUCUGCAGGUCACAGGUAGCAGAGACACCAGGAGUGCUGGCUGUCCCCGGCUGUGUGCUCUCCUUCACGUGCCUGGAGGCUUCUCCCAGGAAGGAGGAAGAUAAUGAACAUUGUCUGACCUUUCUGAAACUGACAGCUCCUGUGGUCUUGCAUGCAGGAGGUGAUCCUUUGGGCAGUGGAUGAUUAGUUGCAUUUUGACUCUCUUCACUUAGGGCACCAAAACAUGGCAGGAUGCUGGAAUGAUGUGCACAUGCUGCUGC